UUGCCCCUUCACCACGAGAGAGGGCAACCUUGAGGAGCUACAGGUCACCUUCUGCCUCACCCCGCCGCCGCAUAUUUCCUACUUGUGCAUAGCCUACACUAGCGGCGAACCCACCCGGUUCAUCUGCGAGCCUCGGAUACUAGCUACGGCGGGUAAUCUCGCCCUCAUCUGCGUCAAACACGGCCCCAGCUCGCUAGCCAGAUCCACCGACUACAACUUCUUUGUCUACCAUGCCCCCACCCGUGUCCAUGAAUUGCCCAGGCUUGUGCUGCUUCCCCACCCGGAGCCCGACUUGUUUCCAUGGGACAAAUAUAGCUACUUCACUCAGGGUGAGGUUGGCAUCCUGCGCUACCGCACAAGGAGCGCGAGCAAGCAACAACUUCCCUUCACCCCACCCACCCCCACCCUUGCCCUUGCCCGCAGCCACAAACGCCCCUUCACCCCCUACACCAACAACGAGGAAUUCGAUGCCUACAAAAUCGCCACGAUUUAUAUUCGAAUGGAGGAAUCAGGAACCACGCACUAUGACCUUUUCAUCUAUGAUUCCAAGCCUGAUGCUUGGACCUGUGAGCCUACCGUUUUUCCACAGGAGACACCUCCAAAUUUUAGUUCCGACAGAGUAAUCACCAUCGCUGGCACCAUGGUCUGGGUCGACCUAUCCCAGGGCAUAAUCCUCUGUGACUUGGACCUGCCUCCUGAGGAGGAAAGCAGCCGGGAAGGUCCGAGGCAGCUUCGCUACAUCCGGCUGCCCAAGCCAGUACUGCAGCCGCUCAACACCAAGUCCUUCUCCCGGGAUAUCGCCGUUGUUGAUGACCGCAUCAAGUUCGUCGACCUUAAUAUCCAUGACAGUAGUCUGGGCCUGUAUUCUUGGACCGCCGUUACAUGGAGUAUGUCAGUUGGUGAUUUAGAGUUUCACAAGGACGGGGUGGUGAAAUCUGCUGAUAUUGCCCCCUCGGGUGCAUUGGAUCUUGGGUCGGUCUUUGUUGCCCACCCAACUCUCAGCUCCCACCAUAGUGACAUUCUCUACUUGAUGGCCAAGGCUGGGCCAGCUCUACCUGACCGUGAGUCAACUUUGAUUGCUCUUGACAUGAAGAACAUGAAGAUGGAGCGAGUUGUGAAGUACACCAUGCAAAGAGAAGGCAGCAUGAUCUUCGCCUACAUGCUCACUACCAUCUCCAAGUAUCUCGCUCCGCCAGGAGGAAUCUCCUUUUCCUCUGCUCGGCUGCUCCUCCAGGCUCGCACGAACAUGGCAAAUCCGGAGGCAACCAAACCGCCCGGACAGGACGAGGCGGCGCACAAGGACGGCGCCGGCAACGCUCAUCCCCCUCCGUUCCUGGAGGUGACCUGCAGGAGCUCCGGCGAGGUCCGGCGGUUCGCGGCCGGGACGACCGCCCGCUACGCGCUGCACGCGGUCAACCGCAAGCUCGCCCCGGGCUCCCCGGCGGCGCUGCACGUGGAGGCCGCCAAGGACGGCGAGGAGCCCGUCUGCUUCGGCCCCACCGCGCCCCUCGCCGACUACGGCCGCGGCUGGAGGCUCCAGACCGUCACCGAGCAGGACGCGCAGGAAAACCACCACGCGCCGCCAUCCGGCGACACGAAGGAGGGAGGCGGCGAGGCGAAGCGGGCUCGAGACAGGGAGGCGCUCGUGAAGAAGGCCACCUCGGCGUACCUCGCCAAGAUCGGGCUCGCGUUCCUCUUCAUAUUUCUGCUCGGCGGACUGUUCACCUACUUGCUCGAGACCAUCCCCGACAUGAUCCAGCACGCAUCCACUCCCGAAUCCUUGUAACAAAAAAAGUUCGCAUGUAUCGCCUACGCAUGUUGUUAAAUUGGACAAGAAGUUUUCUUGCGAGCUUUGUUUAAAUUACAGCAGCACAAUGAGGAAUUCGUCUUCUCAUUCUUUUUUGUAAUUCUUAAUCCGCUUUUGUGGAAUGAGGAAUCCAUCUUCUCA